AUGUCAGCAAGAGUCAUCUAUACAUUUUCACAGAAAUCAUUGAUUCCAUCACAAGUAAGUGGAGUCAGAAGAGGAUUGCUCUCAUGUUGUGGAACCAACGUACAAGCUCAACCAACAGACUCGCACCACCACGGUGUUGCCCGUAGAGUCAGCGGACCAGCCAGAAACUCAAUCACCAACACCCUCUAUGCCACCCAACCAUCAUCUACCCAGGCCAUCAGACAAUACUCGAGUGGAAUUCAAAACGCACCAACUCCAUCCACUCUUCUCCGUGAUCUCUGUGACAAUGAAAUCAACGAUUUCAACUCACUCAUUCCAGAGAACGAUGACAACCAAUCUUUCUUGGAAGAGUCAGGUUUCACUUUAUCAAAAGAUAAUGAAUAUGCUUAUUUAAAAAAGACAAACGAGAAUGGUGAGGAAAUCACAGUUAGAUUCGAUUUGGUCGAGAGCAUGGCCGACGAUCCAUAUGACUAUGGAAAGGAGGAAGAAGACGGAGAGGAAGGUGAAGAGGGUGAGGAAGACGAAGAGGAACCAGAGAACGACGAAGAGAAGCAAGACGAGGAUAUCGAUGAGGAAGCCGAGGAAGGUGAGGAAGGUGAAGAGGACAUGGGUAACGGUGCACACGAACACCCAUACGAAAUCUCAAUCAAGCGUAAGGUCGACGGUAAAGACGUUCACGUCACCUUUGGUUGCUUCGCUUCUGCCGACGGAUCAUACACCGUCUCUGGAUUCUACUAUGGAACAUUCAACGAGCCAGCCAACCCAGUCGACAUUGCAGGUACCUCAUCCGAUUUCCAAGACAACAUUUUACUUUUCCUCCAACAAUACGGUGUCAGCGAGGGUCUCUCUUUCUUCAUCCACGACUACGUACACAGCAAGAAGUUGAAGGAUUACAUUCAAUCCUUUGAAACCUUGAAGACUUUCAUUGGAAACAAAUAA